AUGGACGUGGCCGCCUCAGCCGGAUGCAGGUGCGUCGGCCGCGCAUCAGCGCUCGCUGGCCGGCCCAGGGGGGUUUAUAGCCGCCCCGCGCCUCCGCCCUGGCGCUUUCGGCAUCGUGGCAGGAUGCAGCCGGUGCUGGCGGCGUGGCUGGCCCUGAGCCUGCUGGCAGGGACGGGGGCCCAGGACAUGUGCGGGGAACCCUCCACCCGCUCCGUCUCCGCGCCCCAGCUCAGCCCCGAGGAGCGGCUCUCACCCCACAUGCCCGAGUCCCUGCGCUGCGACGCCUGCCACGCCAUCGCCUUCCAGAUCGAGGAGCAGCUGCGCAGGGCGGAGGGGAAGGUGGGCAGGAAGGCGCUGAGCGAGUCUGACUACGUGGAGGUGCUGGAGAGGAGCUGCUCGCAGGGCUGGGAGAGCUACGGUGUGCAGGAGCUGGACGGGGAGAAGCGGCUGGCGGGGCCGGGGCUGCCGAGGCAGGAGCCCAUGACCGUGAUGGUGACAGGGGGGCCCUGGCCGGGCAGGCUGUCCAAGAUGUGCCACGGCUACGUGGGCGAGCAGGGGGAGGCGCAGAUCUACGGGGCUCACCGGCAGGGCCCGGCCGCGCUGCGGGAGCUGCUCUGCCACGGGGACAAGGGGCCCUGCGCCGGCGGCAAGGCCGGGGGGCCGUCCCCGCCCAAGGCGCUGCAGAACGAGCUGUAGCCCCGGCGCAGUUAAUGCUUAAUGCCCCGGCGACCUUCGGAGCCGACUUCGUCCCCAGCGAGAGCCGACACGUGCCGCGAGGUGGGCGCCUUCCCAGCGUCGCCCGUCACCGCCGUCACGACCGUCCCUCGACGCCCAGCGCGGCCGUGCUGGGGAGAUGCUGGUGGCAGCCGGUGCCCGGCGCCGCCGGACCCCCUGCCCGCCGGGAAUUACUCUGUAACCCUCCGGCUCUAAUGUUUUACCAACGCGGCGCUGGCGGCGGGAGCGCCCCGGCCCCGCCGGCGGUGCCAGCCCUAAUUAAAGGAGUUAAUAGCU